AUGGGGCCUUCCAGAGGCUCCAACUCCUCCAGCUAUUCCUUUGUGCUGACGGGCAUCCCGGGGCUGGAGGCUGCCACCCUCUGGCUCUCCAUCCCCUUCACGUGUCUCUAUGUAGUGGCUCUGCUGGGGAACUGCACCAUCCUCCUUGUCAUCGGCACCAACCCAAGCCUCCACAAGCCCAUGUACUGCUUCCUCUCCAUGCUGGCCGUCACUGAGCUGGGGCUCUCUCUGUCCACCAUGCCCACCAUGAUGGGCAUUUUCUGGGCCAACUACAGAGAAAUCAUUUUUGAUGCCUGUUUUGCUCAGGUCUGCUUUGUCCAUUACUUCUCCUUCUUGGAGUCCUCAGUGCUUCUGGCCAUGGCCUUUGAUCGCUAUGUGGCCAUCUGCUACCCACUGAGAUACUCCUCCAUCCUCAGUGGUACCAGGAUAGCCAAGAUCGGGCUGGCUGUCAUGUUUAGAUGCAUCUUUGCAGCUAUUCCUGCAGCCAGUAGGUUGCCCUCCUGCCGCUCCCACGUGCUGUCCCACUCCUACUGCCUGCACCAGGAUUUGAUCAAGUUGGCAUGUGCAGAUGUCACCUUCCAUAGCAUGUAUGGACUAGCUAUAAUUGUCCUCAUAGUUGUGAUGGACCCAGUGCUCAUCCUUGUGUCCUACAUCCUGAUUGCUAAGGCAGUGGUGAGCACUGCAUCCCCAGGGGAGCGCCUCAAGGUUUUAAACAACUGCUUGUCCCACAUCCUGGCCGUCCUCAUCCUUUACAUCCCCAUGCUUGGCUUGUCCAUGGUGCACCGUUUUGGCAAACAUGCCUCCCCUCUCGUGCACGUCCUCAUGGCCAACGUCUACCUGCUGGUGCCCCCCGUGCUCAACCCCAUCAUCUACAGCAUUAAGACCAAGCAGAUUCGCAGGGGUGUCCUCAGGCUCCUCAUGCUGAGGAGGCUAUUCUCCCUGCAGCACCAUAAAACAUAA